GUUCAUAAAGCACUUAAAGUAUGCAACCAGUCGCGCCGAAAGUCCCGUCCAAGGCUUUCAGUUUUUCUGCGUUUGCUUCUGGCUGAUUGCGGUCGCCCAGCUGAUCCCUCUCAAAUUUAAAAGCUUCAUUUUCAUCUCUCUCUGCAGAAUUAGAAGAACCGUUAGGAUAUAGAUGAUGGAUUGCAAAAAUGAAAUGAAGAGAAUGCCUCGGUGGACUACUCAUAUUGGCAAUUGGGGCCUUCAAAUGCUGUGGUAUUUUUUACAUUUUAUUGUGAGCCUAUGGUACUUUGCUUUAUGUAUAGCUAAUAUGCUUGAAAGUUAUCUCAUCUCAAGUUCAUUACUCAAGAAAUAUAAAUCUCUCGACAUAGACAAGCUUCGCUACCUAGCAAUUGUAAUAGAAAGUGAAGAAGCCCACCAGACUUUAAAUGUCAUUAAACUUUUGCAAUGGCUGGUAGCUAUUGGCGCAAAAAGAGUGUGUCUCUAUGAUGCAGAAGGAGUAUUGAAGAAAUCAAAGGAAUCCAUCUUGGAAAAAUUAAAUGAUGCAGUACUGUUUGAGGAAGCUGAUGACAAGCAUUCUGGAAUUGGGAAAAAACUUAUUACUUUAGAAUUCACUUCACUCUCUGAUGGGAAGGAAGCUGUGGUCAAGGCAGCUAAUGUACUUUUUCAGAGUUAUUUGAAAUUGGGUGAUUCGGGCAGAACUCAAGAAGAGCAAAUUUUUACAGAAGCUCACAUGUCUGAAGCACUAAGAGCAAUUGGUUGUGGAGGGCCCGAUCCUGAUCUUUUAUUAGUUUAUGGACCUGCAAGAUGCCACCUAGGUUUCCCUCCAUGGAGAAUUCGAUAUACAGAGAUUGUACAUAUGGGAUCUUUGCAGUCUGUGAGAUAUGGUUCCCUUUUAAAGGCCAUUUACAAGUUCACUAUGGUGCGUCAAAACUAUGGUAAAUGAGAUGAUACAAUGCAUUGAAGGAAUCCCGGAUAAACCGGUGAAAGGACGUAACUUGUACUCGGCUGAUUGUAAUCUAUCAUGUAGAUGCUAAUCAUCUAAAUCUAAAAUUCCUUGUCUAUGUAAACAUUCUGGUUUCUUAGGACAAAAUUUCCUUGUGUUCCAUAUUCUUAGUUAUUAAGCCGUAGGGAUCAUGAUUGAAAAUUUCCCUUAAUGUUCCAUAUUCUUAAUUAUUAAGCCUUAGGGAUUAUGAUUGAAAUUCUUUAUUGUUCUCUUUA